AUGGCCGCAACAAUAUCGCCCCUUGGGAUCGGAAAUCCCCUUUCAAAACGUGGAAAGCGUGAGCUACUCGACCACGGCUACGAGGGCUUACUGGAUAGUGUAGCAAGUUCAGCAUGCUGCCUCAGCGAUAUGAUACCAGCUACAAUGGUUCUCUUUUGUCUUUUGAUUCCUAAUAUAUCGUUCGCUGUCAACAUUUGA